AUGGACAAUGGGGGUGCGAUCCAAGUGAAGCAACUGGCGAAGACUGGAAAGGAACCCCCCAAUACGCCUCCAUUGGUACGUGCUCACCCUACAGGACGCGUCACAGCGCUGAGCUAUUCGCCGUUCCACGAGGACCUCCUGCUGUCCGCUGGAGAUGCCAAUGCCACUGUGAAAGUCUGGAAACUACCGAGUUCCGAGCCCAUGAUCGAGGAUCUGGUGACGCCCUUGACGUCAUUCCAAGAGACACAAGCGACUGUGGCGGGUAUCGUGCCACAUCCGUCCGCUGACUCGGUAGUCGCCACGUUCUCGAGACCUGGAGCACUGAGGAUUUACGACUUAGAGGCCGAGACGAUGAGGUUUGAAGUAGUCCUGGAGGGAGAUACAGCACUGAGCUCAGCGGCAUGGAACUGGGACGGUAGUGCUAUGGUAAUGGCUACACAAGACCAAGCUUUGAGACUCUUGGACCCGAGAACGAUGCAGAUCUCAGCGCCCGUAAUUGAAGCUGCACAUACUGGGAAACGGCACUUGAGUGUGGUCUGGUGUGGACGUACGCAGCACUUUAUGACGUGUGGGAGUGACCGCAUGCAGGAGCGAGAGCUGAAGCUGUGGGACCCACGUCAAUUGUCCAAGUGUGUGCAUCGAGAGCGUCUGGAUGCCGGCGGUGUGGGCCAGUUAUUUCCGCUAUAUGAUGCUGAUUUGGACUUGCUGUACGUGCUGGGCAAGGGAGAUCGCAGUGCUCGGCUGUUCGAAGUGGACUUGAUGCGAGCUCCUUAUGUGCACGCACUGGAUCAUAGUGCACUCGGCAGUAUGACACUUGCGGCGACGCUGCUACCGAAAGCGACGUGUGAUACAAAUGACUGUGAAGUCGCGCGUGUUCUGAACCUCAGCGCGAGCGGAAGCAGCGUCGGUGGGAGCUGCGAAGUCGUGAGCUACCGAGUGCCUCGCAAGGAGGCCACACACACGUUCCAGAGCGACUUGUAUCCGGAUACGUUGGCAGCUGAAGCAGCGAUGACAUCAACAGAGUGGCAAGAGGGACACAAUGCGGAGCCGAAGGUGCGUACAGUGACACCUACUGCCAAGCCUGUCGAGGAUGUGAGUGGGAGCGUAUUUGGUCGAAUGCCUGCACCGUCCGGUUGGGGAGCGCCACCCGCAAGUGCUGGAGCUACAGCCAACGGGUGGCAAACUUCUGGUUGGGGUCAGUCGCUGUCAUCGACGGCGUCGUCGAAUGCUGCGUCCAAAGUUGCGUCUGAUGUCAAGACGGGAUGGUCGUUGAGCACGAGAAAGUGGAAUGAGCCAGAACCCAUGGCUCAAAAUGCUCCCCCUUCUCCUGCGCAAUGGAACUCUGACACCUCAACGGUGUCUACUGCGCCCCCGACACCUCCGUCAAGCUCAGUAGAAAAAACUGAAGACGUUCUAACCCCGAUACCAGCAACUACGUCAGAUGAAUGGCCGUCAGCAGGAGUAGAACCGAUGGGUAUUGCCGAUGUGGUGGAGCUUUCGGACAAGGCGCAACGAUUGGGCGCCAAAUACGGGCACAAAUUGAAGUACGUGCAGGGCAAGGAAGCUCUACGCAACGAUGUGUUCCACUUCGGUGACAAGCGCGUGGCGUUCUCGACUCAAGCCUCGCCGGUGAUCGCUGCCAACGCAACGUUCUGGGCAGCGCCCAUUGCGGGCGCAGGUGGACCUGUGCUUGUUGAAAAGCUUGAUGCGAACGGGAAGGCACGACAUGGAGCUGCUCCCGUGAUUAAUGGACAGAAGGCUGAGGUGUCGACACUCGCGUUCAACCCGUUCAAAGAUCACGUGCUGGCUACAGGGUCUGCUGAUUCUACUAUCCAGAUAUGGUCUCUCGAUUCAGACACAAUAUCUGACAGAGCAGGUAAACUCACGCAGACGCUGUCAGGACACACCAAAAGUCUUCGAUCUCUUGAGUUUAACCCGACAGCGGCCGAUGUGCUGUGCUCUUCAAGUCUCGAUCUCUCGCUGCGGUUCUGGGAUAUCGAAGUCGGCCAGGAAAAGUUGUGUCUGGACGGAAAGCUGGACGAUAUCACGUGGAAUAUGGCUUUCAGUCCUGAUGGCGCUCUGUUGGCCACAGCAAGUCGCGCCAAGAUCGUCCGUGUGUUCGAUCCUCGUCAAUCGGAACAGGCGUUGGUCGCUAUGGGCUGCGGAUACGAGAGCAACAAGCCGCAGUUUGUGACUUGGGCAGACUCGACUCGUUUGCUGACUGUGGGUGUGAGCGCACGCAUCGAGACGCUAGUGAGUUUCUGGGACUCGCGCAACUUGUUGGAACCUCUGGGUGCUUCGGUGAUGGUUGACCCGGCAGCUAGUGCGGCUAGCACCACGACUCCGAUCCCGCUGUACGAUGCCAGCUCACACCUGCUCUUCCUCAUUGGCACGGGAAGUCGGCACAUUUGGAGCUACGAAGUGGACCCGGGGGCUGCUACGGUGCAAGCAAACCUGCCGUUCAUGUUGGCCGGCACGGACACGAUCGGUGGCGUCGCUCUUCUUCCGAAGGCCAUUUGCGAUAUCCGCGACGUUGAAUUGGCGCGGCUGCUUGUGGCAACGCUGAACGUUGUACAGCGUGUGUCAUUCUCGCUACCACGAGCUCAGAAACUCAAGGAAUUCUUUCAAGACGACGUAUAUGGGUUGGUCCCCAAGCCGGAACCAUCAGUGACUGCAGCACAGUGGUUCAUGGGCGAGACUGGCGCUCCUGUGUACGAGUCUCUUCGACCGGAUGGUAUGGUGGCGUUGUCCGAGAAACCGAAAGACACGACACCUGUGAGACCCAAGACGUUGGAUUUCCAGGCGCGCAAGAGAGAAGAAGAGGAGAAAGAGCGCCAGAAGGCUGCUCAGUUUGCUCGACUCAGCAAUCUUUCGGCUCAGCCAACCCUGCAUUCUACGCACCAUACGGGAGUCAACCCAACUGCGCCACAAGGUGCAGAGGUCGAUAGCGAUGACGACUGGGACGACUAA